CUUUUUCACUCCUUUUUGAAUUGACAAUUCCAUUCCAUUCCUUUUCUUCGCUCUCCUUUCAUUCUCCCUCACUUUCUUUCUCUCACACUUACUGACACAGCUGUAUUCGCAUACUCACCCACAUAUUCAUAUUCAUAUUCAUAUUCAUUCAUACACAUACAUUUUCACACACACACACACACACACACAAGCAUAUUUAUACAUAGCAACAACCAUGUCGGCUACUCCAAAAUAUGCCGCCAAGAGCACACUUCGCUCAAUAUGAAUCAAAAUCAUUUGUUUGCAGUAAAAAACUUUUCCAAAGGCUAUACAGACAUGCAAGCCAAGGUUCGAGAAGCAACCUCAAACGACCCUUGGGGACCAAGUGGCACACAGAUGAAUGAACUCGCUGCUGCAACCUUUAAUCAGCAGGCUUUUCUUGAGAUUAUGGAGAUCUUGGAUAAGCGCAUGAAUGACAAAGGCAAAAAUUGGCGACAUGUUUUCAAGGCCUUGACUGUUCUUGACUAUCUAACUUCAUGUUGGUAUGUAGUCUUUGGAAAAUUAAGAUCUGAGAAUGUGGUCCGAUAUGCCCGUGAAAAUAUCUAUAUCGUCAAGACUCUUAAAGAGUUCCAGUAUAUCGAUGAAGAAGGAAAAGAUCAAGGAUCAAAUGAAGAGCGACGGUCUCGUAAUGCUAUGCGUGACCGUAUGAGCGGAAGGACAUAUGGAGACGAUCAUUCACCUGUCUAUGAGCGUCCUGGAGCUAUCGAUGAUGAUCGUGACCUGCAGCGUGCGAUCGAGGAGAGCAAACGUACCGCACGUGAAUCCAGCCAGCGCAAAAGCACUGAGCUGAGCAUGAAGGAGGAGGAGGACAGACGAAAGAAUGUUGAAAAAUACAACCAACUUUCAUUGACAGAAGAUUGGGAAGCAGAUUCAAAGUAUGCAAAAAGUCUAAUGCGAAACAUGUCUGGCAACAACAAUGCUUUCCUUCAACAGCAACCCACGAAGAACAACCCCUACCUUCAGUUCCAACAGCACAGCUUCAGCAACAAACAACUUCAACAGCAAGAAUAA